AUGUCAACUCAUGAAGAAAAGAGAGAGCGAAAGGUAGAAAAGUUAGGAAGGGAGUUGCUAGGAAGCUUUCUUUUAACAUCUCAAGCGUUCAACUGCCCACGACACGAAUACAUAAAAAAAGAACAAAUUUCACAAAUCUCCAUUGGAAAAAUUUACGAUAUCGAGGAGGAAGUGAAAAAAUCUUCAGUUAUAGGAGAGGAUUAUGUUUUUUCAGGAAAUUUCUUACAUUUUAUGCUUGUUAUCAGACAAAUGUGGAAACUUUUAGCGUAA